AUGGUCCCGGACGCCGGCGCCGCGACCGCGGACGCGGACGCGGACGCGGUGUGCGCGCGCGGCGACGCGGCGCGGACGGAGACGACGGAGCGGACGAACGAGGGGCGAUCGAGCGAUGAUGGGUCGAAAACCGCGAGCGGCGAUGGGUCCCUGCGCGCGGUCCUGGACGCGCUCGUGCGCGCGCGCCUGACGGAGGACGCGACGGGCGGGCGCGAUGGAUCGAACGCGCCCGAACACGCGUUUUGGGAGACGCAACCGGUGCGGCAGUUCGGUGAGAAGGAUGAAGGAGAGGCGGCGGAGGGCGCGAUCGACGCGGGCGGACGCGCGAGCGAACGGGCGGAGAGCGCGCCGCCGUCGUUACCGCCUGGGUACGAGUGGUGCUCGUGCGAUAUGCGAGAUGAGGAGACGCAGAAAGAGGUGUACGAGCUGUUGACGAAUAACUACGUGGAGGACGAUGACGCGAUGUUUCGAUUUCAGUACUCGAAGGAAUUCUUAAAGUGGGCCCUGUGCUCGCCGGGGUAUCACUUGGAAUGGCACGUCGGCGUGCGGCUAAGGGUGACGAAUACGCUCGUGGCGAUCAUCACCGGCGUUCCGGCGCGCGUGAGCGUGAAGGGGAAGGAGAUCGACAUGGCGGAGAUUAACUUUUUGUGCGUUCACAAAAAGUUGCGGUCAAAGCGCAUCGCGCCGACGCUGAUUCGAGAGAUCACGCGAAGGGUAAACGCGAAGGACGUGUGGCAGGCGGCGUACACCGCGGGCGUAGUGCUUCCCAAGCCCAUCGCUCGGGCGCGAUAUUGGCACCGAAGUUUGGACAUUAAGAAGCUCGUCGAGAUUGGUUUCACACGACUCAGCCGCGACAGCUCGAUGUCUCGCGCGGUGCAGGUGUACAAGCUGGAUCCGAAGCCCAAGUGCGAUGCGUUGCGAAGGAUGUUGGACGAGGAUGUCCCUCAAGUCACCGCGCUAUUGUCCAAGUAUUUGAGCUCAUACUCACUCGCACCCGUCAUGAGCGAGGCGGACGUGCGACACUGGUUGAUGCCUCGAGACGGCGUCGUGUUCUCAUACGUCGUGGAGAACGAAAACGGGAAGAUCACCGAUUUCAUCAGCUUUUACAAUCUCCCGUCGCAAAUUAUACACGAGCGAACGAAGCACAAGGAGCUCAAGGCGGCGUAUUCGUAUUACAACGUCGCCACGUCCAUGCCGCUCGUCGACCUCAUGGCGGACGCGCUCAUCCUCGCCAAGUGCAACAACUUCGAUGUCUUUAACACCCUGGACCUGAUGGAGAACGCGUCCUUCCUCGAGCAGCUGAAAUUCGGCAAGGGCGACGGCAAUCUACACUAUUACCUCUACAACUGGCGUCUUUCGGCUGAUUUAGAAGCGAGCCAAGUCGCCCUCGUGCUCACGUAA